AUGUCGGUUCAACUAGGUGUGCAGGGGGUGACCCUGAUAUCUCAGGGCACCGGGUAUGGUAUGCUCAUUGGCCUUGGGGUUGGCUUCUGUGGUGUCAUUCUGGCUGCAGUGAAGAUCCAGAAAGCAUAUCUUUCAGAGGAUUCAGGGACAUCUGAGAUGUUCAUGGUUGCCAACCGUUCGGUGGGGAGGGGUCUGACAGCAUCUGCAGUCUUCUCAUCGUGGAUGUGGAUCAAUGAAACCGUCUUCUCUGCAGCCUUUUGCUACAAGUUUGGGCUUGCUGUGCCAUUUUGGUGGUCGACUGGGCUUUGUUUCCAAAUUGCACUGAUGGCCGCGCUCGGUGUCCUCGCCAAGAUUCGAGUCCCUUUUGCCCACACGUCGUUAGAGAUUAUCCGAAUGCGGUACGGAUGGAUAGGCCAUGUUGUUUUCAUUAUUCUCAACAUCACGAAUAAUGUCUUUGGCUGUGCUUCUAUGAUUCUUACCGGCUCUCAACUUAUCUAUGGCAUCUCGGGAAUGCACUUCGUUGCCGCCACGAUUCUGAUCCCACUCGGAGUUGUACUGUAUACCGCAGUCGGUGGUCUAAAGGCUACUUUCCUCACAGACUAUCUUCAUACUCUAGUUGCAUUGAUUCUUAUCAUCUACUUCACUUUGAGCACGCUCACACAUGAGGCUGUCGGCGGCCUUGGAGGUCUAUAUGACAAGAUUAUAGCCACUGCAUCAGAGAAUCAGAUCUCAGGUAACUAUAAUGGAUCUCUCCUGACUAUGAAGUCACGGGACGCCAUUAUUUGGGGCCUCAUCCUCAAAUUUGGUAACCUGGCCCUCGUUGUGAUGGAUACCGCAUUCUGGCAGAAGUCGUUUGCUACCGAAGUAAAAGCCACUGUUCCUGGAUAUAAUCUGGCCGCAGCAGCUAUCUUUGGUAUUCCCUGGGGGCUGGGCACAGUUAUUGGCCUUACCGGCCGAGCUCUACAUAACACCCCAAUCUGGCCGGCAUAUCCAGAAGAAUUCACUAUGGACAAGGUGAAUGCGGGUUUAGUCAUGCCAUACGUUAUCCAGGCCUUGAUAGGGGAGCGAGGUAUUGACGCAUUCUUGGUACUACUUUUCAUGGCCCUGACGAGCACCGUCUCGUCGUCUAUGAUCGCUGUCAGCAGUAUCCUCUCCUUCGACGUGUACAAGACAUACAUCAACCCGAAGGCUUCAGAUAAGAAGCUCGUCCACGUGAGCCAUCUCACCGUGGUGUUUCAUGCAAUCUUCAUCACGGCGGUAUCUAUUGGGCUGAACUACGGAGGUGCCGACAUGACCUGGAUCGGCUAUUUCAGACCCAUUCUAUCAUGCCCGGGCAUCAUCCCACUGGCGUUGACCCUUUGCUGGUCUCGACAGACUCGUCUUGCGGCGAUUCUGGCACCGAUACUGGGAUUCUUCACUGGUCUCGCCAUCUGGCUGGCUACGGCCAAAACACUCUACGGCGCCAUCACUAUGAAGACAACCGAGCAAAGUUUGCCAGCCCUGUUUGGAGCCAUAGGAUCUUUCUUCUCGCCCGCGAUAUAUUCUGUGGUUAUCUCUCUUUACAAGCCCUAUUCCUUUGACUGGAGGAUCUUUCUCGUGGCCGAAACUGCCGAACAGGUUCGACUAAAGAAAGCAGACGAAAAGGAAGCCCAGAGUGCUGUAAAUGAUAGUUCCUCCACUGACGCUCAGAACACAGACGGGGUUCUCGAAUCAUCCCCAAAGCGGGAGAACACAGAGCCAAGCUCAGAGAAAGCAGCUGCUUCGAGAGUCCAAAAUAUCACCUCGGACUCCAGUUCGACAACGUCAGAAAAUGUCAAUCUUGAUGAUGUGACCCAUCCCUUCGACGACGAUACUUUACGAGAGUUGCGCAGGUGGUACCGCAUUGCAUGGUACAUAUUCGUUGGGAUCGUUCUGGUCACAUUCGUGCUGUGGCCAAUGCCUUUAUAUCGCGAUUACAUCUUCACCAAGACCUUCUUCCAGAGCUGA